AUGUCUCAAUUUUCCGAUAUUGAUAUGAGUAACUCUGACCUUCUUUUGAAAAUCAGUCAGAUUACUGAUAUAUUAAAAAAUGAGUCCCAAGAUAACAUCAUUUCAGUUAUCUUUGCUGUGGCCAACAAUCUUAAUGUGCUAAUUAAGGUUGAGGUAGAAGACUUAGAUGCACCGGUUGCCUUUGAACAAGAAAAUAACAAACCCAUCGAGAAUUUUCCUGAGCAAGACUCAUUAAUGGAGUCCGCUCCGGGUAUCGAUUCUGGAGACUCGGAGAUCUUUGAAAUGGAUUUCUAUGAUGCCCAAGAAGAGCUUACGGCUCCUGAUGUUUCUGCUGGUCAAGUGCAAGUACAAAAUUCUUUUGUUAUUCAACCCACUAGUUUGGUUCCGUUAUCUAGAAGAAAAGCAGAUAAUGACCCUGUUGUCAUAAGGUAUCAGGCAAGUGUAAUUGAAAGCACUUUGCAAGACAUUAUACAACUGAAAUGUCUUAAUAGAGAAGUGUUCGAGGCUUCGGUAAUGUACAAAAUUAUGGCUCUGGCAAAAUCCGCCACUGCUGGACUUGUGGAUUAUGGCUUUAAUUUAGUCCCAGUUGUGUCCUGCCAUGAAGAAAUGGAAGAUAUCAGUCUGCGAGACGCCAUGCUGUACUGCCACGACCAGGAUGUUCAUUACCAAAAUAUGAAGGACUUGGCAAUGGCCUACCGAAACAUUGUGGCCUUCAAUAUGUAUAGAUUGGUACAUGAGUACUGUCUCCGCUAUUAUCCUUAUGAAUCUUUUCCAAAAGGAAGAUCCAAAACAUUCAAGGCACUCUUCUCUGGUAUUGACUCUAAAAUUAUAAACCGUAUGACAAGAAUGAGCAUGUAUGGUAGUUCUCUGCAAGCUCUCAUAGACAGCUUUGGCAGUGAUACCAUUAUUCUCUUUCCUUACAUCGUUAACCGAUCAAAAGUGGACCAUUCCCAAGAUAACAUCAUUUCAGUUAUCUUUGCUGUGGCCAACAAUCUUAAUGUGCUAAUUAAGGUUGAGGUAGAAGACUUAGAUGCACCGGUUGCCUUUGAACAAGAAAAUAACAAACCCAUCGAGAAUUUGCCUGAGCAAGAAUCAUCGCUUCAAGACGCUUUGGAUACUGAUUCCGAGGAGUCGGGGACCUCUACUGUGGAUCUCAGUGACGAGCCACCAGAGCCACCAGCAACCAAAGUCUUUACCCCAAGAAGACGAAUUCGUUCUGACAUUCAAGGCACAACUAAGAUUUCAUUGCCUAGAAACAAAACAAAAAAAGUGCUUGCUAGAACAGAGAGUAUAGAAAAUACAAUUAAAGACAUUGUAAAAGGCAUUGAAAAGCUAAAGUCUCUUCCUAAAAAAAAGUUUGAGAGUUUGGUAAAGGACAUACUUUCCAAUGUAGAAGUCACCUCUACUGUUGGUUAUGAGACUUUGUUCGACAAUUCGGACCGUAUUAUCUCCGGACUGGAGCUUAUGGACGAUAACAGGCUGCGUGAAGGCAUACUAAUGGUAUAUGAGUACUGUGCCAGAAAAUUUUCUGAUAAUAACUUUGUAAGAGUAAAAUCACGUGCACUGACGAUGCUCUUCCCUGAUGCUGAUAAAGACACGAUGGUCAAGAUGGUAAACAUGUGUCUGCAUGGUGAUCACAUGCAGACUAUUAUUACGAGCUUUGGCAGUGAUACAAUUAUUCUGUUCUUUCGUAUCAUCAACCGGUCAAUACUGCGAAAGAUGACCAAAUCAGCUUGGAAUAAGAUGUUGAAGCAAUUGAAAGAAAAGGGUCUCUGUGAUGUAUCUCAAAUCACAAUCAACGAAUACACAAAAUGA